UCGAUAGAGACAAAUGGUUAGCUAGUAAAUGCUUAAAUUUAUUUACAUUGCUACUAUUAAGUGACUCGGGGAGUGUGGUUUCACUUUAUUAAUCAUUAGGCUACAUGUAUAAUCGUGAUUUUUUAAACUUACGUAUAUAACUUGAAUAAUGUCAACAAAGAAACAAGUAGGUGCAUACCAAAUAAUUUGUGUUACGAAAGUAUUUAGCCCUUUCAUUCAUUCUAGCAAUCAUUGAAAUACACAAGCCUAAAGGGCUAUUUCCCACUUCUCUUGUUCCCUCUUUUUGUAAAGUAGUUAAAAAAACUUGUGAACAGGGGAAAAUGAGUUCAUCAAGAUCAACUUCUUUGCAUAAUGAUAAGUAUAUGCAAACAGAGGGCUCUGAUGACUUGUCGGUUUCGGCAAGAAAACUGGCUUCUACUUUAUGGGAAACUAAACUGAAGGAUUUGGAGGAAAUGGGUUGGAAAGAAAGAGUUUCAAAAUUGGGUUCAGCAGCUCUGCAAUUUCAUCACCCUGUUUCUGAGAGAAUGGAGCGAUCCAAAGUGGGUAGUCAUAGAAGAAGAAAAUCUACCAAGGCUGAUCUCUCGAACCAAAAUGAUUACUCGAUAGAGCUUGAUAGAAAAAAUCAUGAACAGACUCUAAGUAGGCAUCAUUUGAAGGAUGUGUGUCAUGGCCUUGACACAUGUAAAGAGCUGCUGAAAGUUCUGAGUCAUGUCUGGAAUCUCAAAGAUCAGAAAUCUACAUGUUCAUCCCUUUUCUCAGCUAUAAAUACAGAGCUUGACCGGUUGUGUGAUGAGGUGUCUAAAUUGAAACACGAACACAGACAUAACCACAGUGAAGUUGAUGUCCUCUUGAAGAAGUUUGAAGAAGAAAAGAUGGCCUGGAAGGUAAAAGAGCAAGACAAGAUUCAUACUGCCAUUACAUCCGUAGCCAGGGAGUUCAAGACUGAGAAGAAACUGAGGAAGCAAACUGAGAGAUUAAAUAAGAAGCUAGGUAGAGAACUGGCGGAUUUAAAGGCAUCUCUUUCAAAGGCAGUCAAAGAACUUGAAGGCGAGAAAAGGGACCGAGAGAUAUUGGAGCAAGUGUGUGAUGAAUUAGCUAGAGGUCUUGGAGAAGAUAGAGCUGAGAUGGAAGAAUUGAAGAGACGAUCUGCUAAAAUCCGGGAAGAGGUGGAAAUGGAACAGAAAGUACUUCAACUAGCUGAUGUCAUGCGGGAGGAAAGAGUUCAAAUGAAGCUAUCAGAAGCCAAAUAUCAAUUUAAGGAGAAAAAUACAGUUGUGGAUGAGUUAAGGAAUGAACUUGAAGCAUAUUUGAGAUCCAAAAAGGGCCAAGAACAAGGCUGUGAUUCGCUGAAUUAUGAAACAAUCAAUGAGCUUGAGAAACAAUUUAGAGGAACGCUUCCAAGCACACACCAUUACCGAGAUAAAGAGAAGGCAGAUGUAGAAAUACUCGAUAAAGAAGAGGAUGGAGAAGAAGAUGAUUCAACUGAUAGUGAUCUUCAUUCAAUUGAACUAAACAUGGGUGACAAUAGCAAGAGCCAUCAAUGGUCCACUGCUCUACAAAAUGAUCCGAAUAGAUUGUUGGUUUCUGAUAAAAAUAAAGGGAGGAGGUCCAUCGCAGAGAAAGAAAACGUGAACACCAUAUAUAGAGGAAUUUCAAACUUACUUAACAAUGGAGGAACACCAGAAUUCUCUUCUCAAGCUUGGAAGAAGGAUCAUGCGGAUGAGACGGAGAGAUAUAAAAUGAUCAAGAAUCUUUGUGAUCGUAUCAUUUCUGCUUCAAGAAUUACAGCCUCUCAAGGCUUUUCUGGUCCAACCAACAACUGUAGCCAACAGAAAUUUUCUGCCAAUGAUCCUAACAAAGUGAUGGUGAGGGUUUUGCCAUCUUGCAGGGAGAAACUUGAAGGAACACCAGAGAUUAUUGCACUGUCUUGCAGGGAGCUACUCGAAUGAAUGCCAGAAUGCCAAUCUCAAGAAUCCAUCAUAAAUGGCAUGCUUCUCCAGCCUGAUGCUUCUUUCACAUAACUACAUGGACAUAAAUAUGUUGUUCUUUGUCUGAAUGAAAAGCUAAAAUAUCUGAUAAUUCAGGAAUGUCAACAGAAUUUUGAGUUUUGGCUGUUGGAUGAGACAAAACAUUUCAAAUUUUGCUAAUGUUGUCUAAGGACUGAAUUGCUCUAUUCAAUACUAUAUAUGACUUUUCAGAUUCUUCAUUUCUGUA